AUGGAAACAUCUGUGGCCUACGCUAUGUUCUUGCACCGCCAGGAGCUGCAACGCCGUGAGGCAGUUUAUGUCCACGUCUCCAGGACUAAGAUUCAGUUGACAAAGAAACUAAUUGCCGAGCAGAAGCAGCGACUGUCCUCCUGCAGUCCCGAGGAACUGGAGAUACUUAGCAGGGAAACCCAAUUCAAAAGGCAGCUUCAGCAGAAAGUAAAGCACAGAAACAAGCAACUGAAAGCGUCCAAGUUAAUUACUUCCAAGUUAAUUAAUAUUAGUGAUUUAAACCUAGUUUAGUUUAGUUUAGUUCAGAGAAAUAAAAUUUCAUUUAAAAAUUA